AUGUCGACGACCACUAUUGCAGGCCCCCCGGCCCUGACCACUCCAACGGCCACUGGGCUGCUCAUAAUGACUGAAAUGGACGCCCUCCGGCUUUUCGAAGCGGCACGUUUGUAUCCAACACACUUUCCCAUGAUCCCGAAUCGCAUCGAAGACUGGAAGAUCCGCUUGGACUUGUUUGUGCAUGGGUCGGUAUUCAUCUUCCAGCGCGGACCUGAAUUCGUCAGGUGGACGGAUGGUCGUCGCUGGAUGCCAAAUCAGCAAAUCGGUCCUUUUCUCUGCUAUGAGGAGGCAAACAGGCGGCAGCCCCCCCAAGGCAAUUAUCGUGCUGGUGUCAACAGGGCCGAGCGCGGUUACAACAGACCAGAGUGCGAAAGACGGGAAGGCGGCCUGCAGAAAUGGACCUACACCGUUCAUGUUCUCCCGAACCCCCAGGUGCCAGACCAUCGCCUGGUCUGGGAAAUCGUGUGGUAUCUGCAGCCCUUGUCGUUCACACCCACUGGCAGCGGGUUGAUCCCUGUCUCACGACACGACUUCUUGCGAACGAUCAACAUUCCCCAAUACCUGUACUUCAUGGAAGGCACUCUCCCGCUUCCGAGGCAGACGAGCAACAUCGUUCGUAUCCCGGAAACUGGCCUUCUACGCACUCUGCCCCCAUCUAUGCCGCCCAUAGCGUCUAUUCCUCGCCCGAUGUCUGUUCCACCUCAGCACAUGCGCAGGCCAUCCGCUGCACAGUCCGAUGCCAGUGACGAUAAGUCACCAUCUCCACGCCCUCGUUUCCACCUCCCACCAUUCACGGACAUUAUCAACUCCGGUCGCAGCCGCACUAUUGCAUAUGAUCAUGCACGCCUUCCAUCCUAUGCUGAAUUCAUCUCUCGCACUCAAAAUCUACCCGAAUCGCCCUUUGAACCCUCUCAGUCUCGUCGGUAA